ACAUCCGGUCCGCUAGAUGGCACUACUACAUGAAUCUUCCACUCCAUCUUUAAAGAACAGUUUGGAGUAAAAAGUCGGUAAAAUUGAAUGAACGAACUGUUGUGCGUUGUUUGAGAGCAAGUCAUGCGCAACUUAAGUCUUUCCCUUAACAGAUAGGUAUGAACAGGAAACGGGCUCUGGUUUCAGACACUUUCAAGGUGAAGAAAAGAAAAACUGGAAGCGAAAAAUUUGGAGUUGUGGAUGAUCAUGGAGAUGGACAAGGUGAUAUUAAAUCCACCAUUAUGGACCUGAUGACUCUGUUUCCUAGGAAACUCUUUAAUGAUGCGGUACCUCAAAUUGUGCUAAAGCACCAACUGUACAGCAUACAUGACAAAACAAUGGUUGACAAGGAAGUGAAUAAACUGCGCGAGUCCGGAUCACUGCUGAUGUUCCAGCUUGGCUUUGAUGCAGAAGCUUUUGGACUCGUUUUUGCGUCGGACUACAAGGCCAAAGUUCUGGCGGGAGAGGAGGGGAAAGCGACCCGGGCGACGGUGGAGAAGUUCUUGGAGAAAGUAGUGUCCAAGUGCACAGAUCUGAGCUUCAGCAAAGACAAAAUGCUGAGGGAGUUUCUCUUCACAGAUUCGGAGAUAACGCAGUUGGUGAAAUCCGGAGUGUUGACUGUGAGGGAUGCAGGCAGCUGGUGGCUGUCCAUUCCCAACACUGGCAAAUUCAUCAAGUACUUUAUACAAGGGCGUAAAGCAGUGCUCGGCAUGGUGAAGAAGUCCAAGUAUGGCGAAGUAUUAAAAGAUGACCUAGAACAACGAAGAACAACCUCUCAUGUGAAGUUCCAUAUAAAAUACCACAUCAAUGACAUUGUUGGUGCAGAGCUGGUAGAAAGUGUGCCUACAACUUCAGGGACGUUGUUACGAUAUGUGGACUCGUGAGCUGUCUGAAGUCUCUCAGCUGAAGAGGACAAGUUUCGUUAAAUUAAAAAUGGCUGUAAAUAGUUUGUUUUUUAAAUGGCUGAACUUUUCUUUUAAGUUGGUGCCAAAUGAUCAACUCCACUGAGGUGUUAUGAGAUGUAAAUAUUCACACAACUGUCUGCCUUUGUGUUUUGAUAAAAACUUUUUGUAAUGUGAGA